CCUCACCCCAACUUCCCGCGAGCGAGCCGUUGAGAUUGCCAUCCGCGACCCCCGAGUCCCUGCCUAUCGCGCUCGGUGUUCGGCUCGUCUGCUAUCAGAUCUAUCUAGAUCGGUCCGGCCUGGCUCCGUUGUCGUUCUGCUGGAAGCUCACAAUGGCGGGAGCGGAGCAGAACGGCAUCGACAUACUGUGCGACGCGGCUGGUUCCGACAUGCUCCUGUCCUCUCUCUUCUCCCUUGCAUCGCCCGCCCAGGACUCGAACCAGAGAGGCCAUCAGGCACAGCAGUCGCAACACCAGCAGCAGCAUUCUCAUCAGCAACAGGAACAUCACCAGCACCAUCCCCCACCGCCGGGACCGCAGGAAGACACCCCUCGGAGCGGACACUCGUCGUUGCCGGCCAAGCGCAAGCUCUCGGAUGCGUCACUUUCAUCCCCAUCACACGUCUGCCACAUCUGCCGGCGCGUAUACGAGCGAGCCGAUCACCUCACCCGGCACCUGAGAUCCCAUGAGAAUGCCCGCCCGUACCAAUGUUCCCGCUGUCCCAAGCGCUUCAACCGAGCCGAUCUCCUCACCAGGCACGAAACCACCCACGAUCGAGAUGGCAUCGCCAAGGACCGCCCGUUCAUACGCCGGAGUGACAGAGCUGCCGAGGCGUGUCUGAACUGCGCCGCUUCCAAGGCAAAAUGCGAAGAUCAGAAGCCGUGUAGCCGUUGCCGCAGCAAGAGUCUCCCCUGCCAGAUGCCCUCACGGCGGGGGAACCAGUACCGCACGGACUCGCAAGCCGGCAUGUCACCCUCGGAGGCUUCAACCAUGGCCUCAGCCAUGGGCAUGGACAACCAGGGUUUCGCAUCCGGGGAUUCGGGCUACCUGAGCAAGCCCUCGACUCUGACCCAAGGUCCACUCAACGAUGGCAGCGCAGAGUACGAAGGUUCGGCGUUCCUCGGCACUUCUAGUAUGGAUGGUCUCACGGACGAUCUUAUGUAUUUCAAUCCAGUCCACAAUCUCUUCCAAGACAUGGACUUUUCCUGGGAUCUGGAUUUCGAUGGGUUUACUAUCCCAAGGCUGGACGUCAACGGGCCGAGUCCCCAAUCUACAAGCACCAUCAACUCAAAGCGAUCUUCGCGCCAUGUGGGCCGUGAUGUGUCUCGCGGACACGCCGCGUUUAAGCGUUCGCCAUGGAUAUUUGAACCAGAUAUGAAAGACUACGUCCACCGUGAGACCGAAGCCUUGACUCUCGAUGACGAAGCACUUCCGGCCUCCUCGGCUUUUGAGAAAUUCGCUAGCAGCUCAAAGACUCGGCUGCAGAUGCCGUCUCACAUGCGCGAUCGUCUCUUUGCAAUGGUUCUGGCCCACAACCCGAAUCCGCAACGAGUUCCGUCUUUUCCGUCUCUGGAACUUCUGAACUACCUGCUCCAGGCCCAUUUCGCCCAGGAAGAGCGGAAGUGCGAUGCAUUGAUCCACAAAGCGUCCUUCGACCCGGCAACAACGAUUCCCGAACUCCUGUCGGCCAUCAUCUCGAGCGGUGCCACGUAUAUUUCGGUCCCCGCUAUUUGGCAGUUCGGCCUUGCUCUCGACGAAGUUGCACGAUUGGCCAUUGCAGGUCGGUUUGAAGGCUCGAAUUCCACAACCCGAGAUUUGAUGACACAUCAGGCAAUGAUGCUCCAUCUCGAUGUCGGGCAAUGGAGCGGGUUUAAUCGUAAAAUGGAAAUCGCCGAAAGUUUCGUUCAACCCCUGUUAACAAUGCUUCGACGGUCCGGAAGAACUUCAUUUUCCUCGGAUUCUGUCUCACAAAUGCCAUCCAUAUCUGACUCCCCUGAAGUCCUGGAUUCCAAAUGGCGACAGUUUGUCGUAUUGGAGUCUUACAAGAGACUUGUCAUCCACAUGUUCUUUCAUGAUAUCCAAUCGUCCAUUGGGCUCUGUAAAAACCCGCUCAUGUCAUACAAUGAGCUUUGUUUCACCCUCCCCGCCUCGCGUGACCUUUGGAGAGCACGGACUGCAGAGGAGUGGCGAGAUGUCUCUCUAACGAAGAAGCCAAUGCCCAACGGCGGAAUUCCGCGAGUGGCCGAGGUGACGCAGUGUAUGACCAUUCUCGAUGAUCUCGAAGAUCGCAUCGACAUUGAACUUUCGUCUACCGCUCUUCUUCAUGGGUUUUGGGGCCAGAUUUGGUCGUAUCGCGAUGCUGUCAAGUUUCAUAGCUCGGGAGGCCCAAAUCGGCGCGGCGGGUCGUCACCGCCAUUGUGGCUCAAGACCCAACAUCAAGAGCUCUACCGAGACAUCGCAGAGUUUUCGAAUCAAAUCCAACACUUGCGAAAACCGAAACCGCAACUUAUUCUCCUUGCAGAGCUAUUCAUGAUGAUCCUUCAUGUCUCACCGAAUGAUCUGCAGCAAUUCGCGGGUAAGAACGGCGAGGAGGAGGCGAGGAGGGCAGCCCAGACUUUGGAGGAGAACUGGUUCUCAGAGUCUGAAUCACGAUAUGCCGCUUGGCACGCCGGUCAAGUUUUCCACUGGGCCCGAAAGCUGGCGCCGACGUCUCUGCGGGGCUUCAAUGCCAUAGCUGUCUACUUUGCUAGCCUCACACUGUGGGCCUAUGGCCUAGCUACCUGCGCUCGCUCAACGAAUGGCCAGAAAGACGGGCGCGGUUCGACUAUCGAAUACGUGCUGAUGGAUGGAGACGAGACCAGGGAGUCGCGGGCCUUCCUGCAACUCGACCGCGGCGUGCCGGGAAUCACAUCCAACGGUGACCCGAGCUCUGGCGCUGAGUCCCUGUCAAACACUGGGAUGAUCUUGACAAUUGCUCGAAAUACCCUUCGCGACAACUUCCCUGUGCGCAAAGAGCCGCUGCCGCCGCUUGUUGAGAGUCUGGGCCAACUCCUCCGCGACUUGGGCUCUGGCCUCGCGGGUCGGGCUUCACGAGCGAUCAGCGAAAACCCACCUCCCAUUAGUGGGCGGUCUCCUUAGUAUUUGCUGCGGCUGCCGAAUCGCUAUUUAAUAUCCUUUUUUUCUGUAUGAUAGUAUGGAAUUUGGAGUUUCUGGAAGGAAAAGCGGUGCCAAGGGAAUUGGCCUCUUGUAUUGAAUCAUAUCGUGUCUACGGAGGGAAGAAAGCGAACGGAUACCAACGAAGGUUGCGCUGUUGUGGCGCUUAGGCUCAUCUUGUUUGGCUAUGAUAUUUAGGUACAAACCACUCACGCUCCUUAAUUUGGUUGUUAACAAAUGAGGUCAAAGCUUUUGUGAGUUUGCUUGAUCGUGACUUGUUUGAGCGGGAAGGUGCAUCGGCAACUCGUUUG